AUGCGGGGGCUUUCAAAUGACUGUAGAGGUGGCUUCAUCCCCAUGCUGGGGCUCCGGCUGGAAAAUGCCGAGGAAAUGGCCAGCAGGCUGUUUGGCCCAAAGUCAUUCCGGGGGCAGGAAGAGGAGAGACAGGCCCAGGCGGAAAAGCCCUCAGAGCCGGGACCAGGGCCUACACCGCAGCCAGCCCACCCCGCCUGUCCAGGAGAAAGGUCCAGAAAGAUGAGAGACCUGCAGCGGAAGGUGGCCCAGAGGCAUCGGGAGCGGCGGGCGCUGCAGUGUAUGCUGAGCAUGAAGGUGUUUGGGCACGAGCUGAGCUUUGUGAACUGCAGGGCGAUGGGGAGUCAUGUGACACGCCAGUCCCUGAACUUGGCCGAGCUUGCUGUCAAGCUCCUGAAGGGGCAGGAAGUGCAGGUGAACCGAAGGCUGAACCUGGCCAUGGAGGAGCUCACUUUUCCCACCAUGUCUGGACUCCUAGCCCGGCUGACCCUAAACGCCUCAGCUGCCAUCAGCAUCCAGGUCGGAGGGACAGCCAACUUCCAGCAGCGCUCGGAUUUCUCUGUGAAUGGUUCUGUCAAGCCCAGCGCCCUGCUCCAGAUCUCGGCGCAGAUGGGCACAGUGGGCAGCCUGGGGCAGGCUGGGCUGAGGUGGGUGACCGGCAUCCGUGGCACCGCCAGCCUGGAUGGAGGGAUCCAGGCGAAGAAGGGCCAGAACCUCAGGGUGCGUCUGAACACACCCGAGGAGGCUGUGGAGCUGCUCCGCUUCAGCUCUCAGCUGUUUCUCAUCGCUGGGGAUGGCAUGAGGAGCCUCAGUCACGCUCACAUCCCUUCUGAGGCCCAAUCCUGUACCGACGAGGAAGCGUCCCGCACUUGGGGCUGGCAGCUGUGCACUGAAGUGAGCUGGCCUCCAGCAGGGCAGCCGUACCUGCUCUCGGUGCCUGUGUUUGCGGCUGUGAUGCUGAAGAAGCAGGACCGGGGGCUCCAACACUAUCUGCUGGAAGCUGCCUAUACCCUCCACCCCCCGAAGGACUGCUGGCUCCCUCAAGAAGCCUCAGCCCACAUCUUCAUGGGCACGCCCAGGUCGGAAGUGCCCAGGGACGUCGGGGUGGAUGUCAGCUACAGCUGGCCCCAGAGGAAGUUCCGGCUCAAGCUUCUCCAUCCCAAGAAGAAAAUUGAGCUGGAUGGAAAGAUUGACACUCUGCAAAGUGCCUGCACGGGUCACCUGGAACUGAUACUGGAUGACAGGGACGUCUACUACAUCAAGGGCCGGAGCAACCUGUGGCCAGCAGCAGGUGGUGAGGCUCAGCGGAUCGAGGCCCAGCUGGAGGUGAAACUGGUGACAUCGGGCAGCCCUGUGGUCCUCGCCGGGAACCUCAGCCGGCAGGCAGGCAGGAGGCUGGCCUUCUCCAUGUCACUGAGCAACCUGUUGAGUGACCAGGCCCACGUGUCAGCACUGCUGGAGAAGAAGGCGGAGGAGGAAGGGCAGCAGGUGGUGGCCCUGGGUGGUGAGCUUUUCGUGCCAGGGCUUGUGGGGCUGCACACCCUAGGCCUGCUGCAGCAGCGGGCCCGCCUCUGGACCAGCUCCCUGAGGAUCAAGUAUGGCCUCCUGGGUCAGGCGAAGCAGCUGGCGCAGGAGUGCAGCACCAGCCAGAAGCUGCGGGUGGAGAGCGGCUCAGAGGCCACCUACAAGCUGGAGCUGGACCACGAGCUCCACUGCACACAGAUCCCAGCGUUCAGCCACAAGGUCCAGCUCCGGCAUGAGGAGAGCUCAGGCCACCUCCACUGGGAGCUGGAGGCGAGCUAUGGGAGGCACUGGGAUGACAGCCGCAACAAGAGGCACCUCCGCAUCAGCCAGACCUUCCAGAACGACUCGGGCCCAGCCCUGAGCAAUUACUUCCUGGAGUUUGUGCUGCAGGUGCCUGCGAGGCAGGUGGAUUACCAAACGCAGCUGCACCACUUGAGCCUCCGCCAGCCCCACGUGGAGAGCAGCACAUACCUGAAGGUGCAGUACAAUGGGCGGCUGCCGUUUGUGGCAGGCUUGCAGUGGAAGGACACAUCCAGGACCACCCUGUGGAAGUGGGAAGGAGCCUUGAACCUGGAUAGUCCGUGGCUGAUGGUCUCUGCGGCUCACAGGCUGUACUGGCCCCACCGAGCCACGUUCCAGGCUGUUUGGGAGCUGACGCUGGGCAAGGCCUGGACCCUCAAGAAUCUGGUGAUGAACAUGGCCUGCAAGAGCCAGGGCCUCCACAGGGAGGGCAAGAUCCACGUCUACACCCCAGCUGCCACCUACCUCCGGGUUUCCACAGUGACAGCUGUGGCACAGAGCAUCUUUCGCAGCUGGAGUGAAGUAGAAUCAGCCUGGAGUGCAGCAAUGCAGGGUGAGAUCCAUGCCGAGAACAGCCAGGACCGUAAGAUCCUUCACGGCUGGUUGAAGGGCCCUCAGCAGGAGUUGAAUUUAACGGUGGCCUACAGGCAUACAGAGCAGCCAUGGAAGAGCCACGUGUUGCUGACGGCUCUGGGGGCCAGUGCCGGGGGCCAGCCUCAGGGCCUGCAGCUGGAGGGCAAACUGGAGGAGCUAAUGCAAGACAGGAGGUUGUACCAGAAGCAGGGGACUUUCUUCCUUAGGCACCCCUGGACUCUGCCCAUCCCGCAAAGCAUCCUCCUGCAGGAGACCUUCACGGUGGACAGGCAACACCAGCGUUACUCCCUGGAGACGAGGGUUGUUCUGGAUGGCCAGGAGGAGACCCUGCAGACUGUAGUCCUGGGCUACCAGGCCGGGCACCCAUAUGUCUGCGCGGGCCUGACCCACCCAUACGACGGCAAGGCCAUCCCCAGGAACUUGGAGGGGUGCGUGGUUACGUGGAACCGGCACAUCGCUAAGAACAAGGAUGUCGAGGUCACUCUGAAAGUCAACCAGAAAGUCUUGCUGCACUUAAAGGGUCUGCACCAUGACCGAUCUCGGCUUGGGGAAGUCUGGCACAGCCUGGCCCUGGAUGUGGCUCACUCCUCCCAGCUGACGUUCCCCCAGGCUCUGAGUUUGGAUGGGGACAUUGUCUUCAGGCGGAGUCACCAGGGAGCAUUUGACUGCGGUGUGGAUGCACGGGCUGCCAUCAACCACAACGUCAUGUCCCAGGUCUCAGUCCAGCUGAACGGGUCUGACUCCCACUUGGUGUUUUCCCUCCAGCUCAGACAUCCCCACAGACCAACAUUUCCUCCAAACUUACAGGUGCAGGCAGCUGCUGGGCGCUACAGAGAGCGCAACCUCAACGGCUCCCUGUCUGUGCACGUGUCUGGUGAGGUGCUCGUUCUGCUGGAGGCCACCGCCAGCCAGGAUACCUGGAGGAGCAGCCGGGGCUGGGGCAUGAACGUCCUCCUCCGCCAGGAGGUCCUCAGAGCCCCCAGAGCUGUUCAGCUGCAGCUGUCUGGCAAGGUCUCCCCAGACAGGAUUUGGCUGUUUUGCAAGGCACUGCUAGACCAGAACACAGUGCAGCUUUUUCUCAAGGCAUCUGAAGAGCAGAGGGGAGGCCAGGUCCUGACCCUGCAGAGCCAAGCCCAGCACACCUGGGCAGCCGUGCCCCGUCUUCUGACCCUCAGAGGUGUGCUGAAGCAGAAGGAGACACUCACAGAAGGUACCAUCAAGGUCACUGCUGACUCAGCUGUGCUGGGAUUCCUCUUGCGGGACAAGCAUGAGAAGGCAGGGAACAGCACCAGUGUGCACAGUGUGACCUGCAUCCUUGUCCAGAAUGGCAGCCGGGCCUUGCCAGGAGAGCUCCAGCUGAGGGGGCGACUGCAGGCCCAGACAGGGAGCCUUGAGGGCCAGGCCAGCCUCCAUGCUGACACGGCCAGCCUAGCUCUGGGUGGAGUCUGCAUCUGGGGCCCUGGGCACGGCCAGCUCUCGGUCGCACUGAGUCACAACAUCAGCACCUUGAGUGAGGCAGGACUCCCCUCCCAGGCAGAGUUGCUCCUACUGCACAGCCACGUGGCUUCCAACCUCUCAGUGCGUGUGAUGCUGCGUAGUGCAGAGCGUCAGCUGGAUGCUGCCCUUGGCCUGGAGGGCCCGGUCACCAGCACCCCGGGCAGCCGGCUCCGUGCCAGCCUUGGCCACACGGUGCCCGGCCUCAGGCGCUGGGGCCUCCCCUUCUCCGUGGAUGGCCGCGGGCACUUGCAGAGCGUGGGACCCAGUCUGGCGGUCGCGCUGGUGGUGAACGUGGAUGGCGAUCAGCUUCGUGUAGCCCUGGAGAGGAGGGGAGCCGGCGGCCGCUGGGGGCUGGCCCUGGGGCUGCACCAUGGCCUCUCAAGGCUCCAGGUAACACUCCCUCCCCUGCCGUCAUAAAUGGAAGUCAACUGCAGUGGAGACGCUUCGCCUGCCCAGCUGUCAGGGCUCUGCUGGGGGGACGUCACUGGGUGGCCUCACGAGGUCUCCGUGGACGUUCACGACAGUGACUCUGGCUUUGAGAAUUCGGGCCGCGUCUCGGCGGGGGCCGCGUCUCUGAACUACUCCGUGAGCUGCCGUCACCGCGAUGGGCGCCUGGAGCUUUCUGGCUGGAGUGAGCACGACAGCCAGGCCCUGUGGCAGGCGGGGUUCCCGGCGGAGGCCCGCAUCCGCGCCGAGCUGCAGACGCGCGAGACCCAGACCCAGGCCCACGUGGUCCUCCGAGGUGGGGAUGGUGGGAUCAGCGUUGACGUGGCAGCCCUGAUGGCCUGGCCGAUGAACGGCCCUCUGGAGCUGGUGGUGAAUGUCAGCCACACGGCGCCCGCUCUCCGGAGGCUGGGCCUGCCCUUCGCCAGCCAGCUCAUGUUCUGGGAGUUCUGGGCAGAGGAGGAGAUGAGUUCUUCCCUGCAGCUGACCUGUGAUUCUCAAGCCUGCCUGGUCUUCAACAUCCAUGGCCAGAACCGGGCGCUCAGCAAAGAGCUGCGGCUCUCAGGCCGGCAUCGCCUCCCCAUCCUCCUAGGCUGCUGCCCCAGCAGAGCCUCAGCCUCAGCCAAGCUACGAUACUCUGAGGGUGGAGCCGAGAGCACAUUUGUCGUGAUGGUGGAGGAGCAUCAUUUCCACGUUGGCUCCAGGCUGGUGGCUGCUAAGAACAGUCUCACCAACAUCAUCACGCUGGAACAGACCUUCCCCCAGCUCCACACCCUUCCUGGGGAGCUGGUCCUGCAGACCUCAUACGAGCGAGCCCGUGGCACCUGUGUCCUGCACCACAUGGUGCUGUGGGACGGCCAGGAGAUGGCCAUCAACGGGAGCCUCUCCGGGCCCUUCCUCAAGCCCACCGGGACCCUUAGCCUGCAGGUGGAGCUCACCCACCCGCUGCUGCUCCCCCUGCCUCGGCACUGCAUCCUCCGCCUGGCCUCUGAGCAUUCGCGACGCGGCCACCAGGAUGACCUGGUCGUGGGCUGGGAUGGCAAAGACCAGGUGAUGCUGUCCUCCUCUCUUCGGCUGGGGAAGGGCAAGCUGGCCGCCCACCUGGCCCUGGCUCACCCCUUCAGCCUCUCCUGGCGGCGGGCCGAGGCCAGUGGCCUUGCUGAGAGCAGGGGUGGCAGGCAGAGCCGGCAGGUACAGCUUGCCUGGAAUGGAGGGCAGCCUGCGACUUUGCAGCUCACCUGGGCCAACAGGUCCUUGGCGCACAGCACCUCCUGGGAUGGUUGCGUGGCCGCCUCCCCGGGGCAGCUCCAGGACACCUGGGGCCUGGGCGCCCUCAGGGCCUGUGGGGCCUUAACACAGACCCCAGCCGUGUUCAGCGAGUGGCUCGAUCUGUCCUGGGAUGGACGCCGGGUGCAGCAGAACCUGACAUAUGAGAGGCACCAGCCGUCCCGCCCGGACAAGAUCCGUGCAGAGGCCACACUGGAGCACGUCCUCACGGCCUCCCGCACCACGCAAAGUUUCCAGGGAGUCAUGGAGACUGACUAUGCCCGCUGGCUGCGCCAUUCCCUGAAUCUGGGACUCUGCCACCUGCCCAGGGCCCUCUCGGUCUCCGGGGAGCACACCUUGGGCAGCGGUGGGCUUCUGCUACACUCCAAAUGGCAGCUGGGCCUCGCCCCAGACCCAGACGACAGCCUGCACCUCAGCCUGACCCUCCGCAACCACAGCAGGCCCCGGAUGCCUGACUUCUCCGGGGAGCUAGAGCUCCGCGGCCCCAAGGCUCAGCACUUUGGCCUGCUGGGCCGGGUCUCCACCUCAGCUUCUCGGAGCUUGGUCCAGAUGGAGGGAAAUGUGGACGACGGGGACGAGAAAGUGAGGCUGUUGGUGUCCCGGGCCCCGAACUGCUUCCAGGCCUUGGUGGCCCACAAGGAAGGGAGCCAAGAGGAGAGCGUGGUGCUGCGGGCGUGUGCCCACAGGCGGACUGCGGAGGUGGAGGCCCUGCUCCAGGACAGCGGGCAGCCCGUCCAGCCCCUGGGACGCCUGACCCUGCAGGCUGCCAACCAGAGCCUCCGCUUGGCUGCAUAUGGCUGCCAGGGGACCCUGCUGGACCACGUGGAGUCCAGGGUGGCUGCUCUUGGGUCCCAGGUGCAAGCCCGGCUGGAGGAGAAGAUCCAUGGCUUGGACGCCUACGUGAGAAGGUUCCAGCGCCUGGUGCAGCCGGCGGGCGCCCUGGAUGGCGCGGCAGGCCCCCUUCUGCAGCUGUGCCAGGCGGGGCUGGGGGCCGUGCGGGAGAGUGGCCGGGCGGUGGCCGUGCUGUGGGACCGGAGCCGGGCUAGGCAGGGGCUGACACACCGCCUGCCGCUCUACCUGGAGAGGCUGCAGGCAGGGCUGGAGCAGCUGCGGGAUGAGCUGGAACAGCCCCUGGCCACGCUGAAGGACGCCUACUUGGAGGUGACAGUGCAGCCGCUGGACAAGGUGUGGCAGGAGCGGGCCGAGGAGGCCGUGCGGCGGCUGCAGGCCUGGGUGUCCGGGACGCCGGGUACCUGGGGGUCCGGGCCCAUCGCGGCAGUGCUGGAGGCCACGAGGGGCGCCCUGGAGCUGGCCACCCACCAGAUGCUGUCUUGGGCUGAAGCUGUGUUCUCACAGGCACUGAGGCGGCUCUGCAAACCCUUGCUGGACCUGUACAGCUUCUCAGCCAGGGACCACUCAGUGGUGGUGACACUGCCGAUGCUGCCUGCAGGGGACGAGCCCCUGGACGUGGCCCGGGUGACCAGCCACCUGGUGGAGGAGAAGCUGCUGCGGCCACUCCGAGAGCUGUAUGGGACCAGUGUGCUGGCCGAGUACCACCGGCUCAAACGCCAUCUGCUGGGGGCCCCCUCUGGAUACCACGCUGUGGUGGCCGGCACCAGGCAUGUGGUGACCUUCGAUGGCCAGGUGCGGGGCAUCAGUGCCUGCUGCUGCAGCCUGCUGCUGGCCAAGGACUUCGCUCACGACACAUUCUCGCUGACACUAAACCGGGCGGGCUCGGGGCUCACGUCCCUGACCGUGGAGUUGAACCACAACACCCUCGUCCUCUACCCCAGCCUGAAGACCUAUAGGCUGUACAACUCCUCCCUGCCUGGGGAGAGCUGUCUGGACCUGGAUCUGCCUCCUGCCAAGACCAGGAGGGACAGCGUCCCCAGGAUCGAGCUGACCAGUGAGGACGGUGUCUCUGUUGUCUGUGACCUCCACGCCAGCCUCUGCAGCCUGACUCUGAGCGUCUGGCAGCACGGCCUGUCCGCUGGCCUUCUGGGCACCAAUGACAACGAGGCAGGCAAUGAGCUGAUGCUGCCGGACGGCACGGUGGCCAGCAGCCUGGAGGAGGUCACCCCCGCCUGGCAGGUGGGUGGUGACUGCAGGGCCAUGGAGAAGACUCGGCUGGCAUGCCCGGUACAGAGCCCCACCUGCCGGGCCUUCUUCCAGGACCCCCGCUCCAGCCUGGGGAACUGCUUCGGGGUGGUGGACCCCACACCCUUCCUCAGCCUAUGUGUCCAGGACACCUGUGGCACCCAGGCGCGCCAACCUGCCUGCAACCUGGCGGCAGCCUACAUCCACCUGUGUGCCCGGGACUUCGUGCCCCUGGACCCUCCUCCACAGUGCGUUUGAGAUUUUGCCUGAGCCAGCACCAGGCUGCCAAAGAUUUCAGACUCCCUCUCCUUCUACCACAAUCCCUUCUCGUCAGCAAGGUCAAGAUUCCUGUCUGGGGCGGAACAAGCAGCACGAAAUGCCAAGAAGCUCA